AUGUCAACUGAAGAAGAAAUGGAAUAUCAGUUUCUUCUAUCUCCAUCAGUCGAUGCUCUACAAUCUUCUACUCGUCAUCAUUCAGCAGCUCGAAGACGUGGUCGUAGCUUGAAUUCUUCUCAUACUAAUAGUAUUCGUCGUUCUUCGAGUCGUGCUGCCACCACACCAAAACCAACUCGUCGUGGUGGUCGUCGUUCCAAUCAAUCAUCAAUCAAUCUUCAAUCAUCUAUUAAUCUUCAAUCAUUCAUCAUCAAUCAAUCGUCAAUUUCAACGAAUGAAAAAAACGAAAAUGUACAUUUUUCUCUUUCACCUAUUCCUCGAUCCAGUCCACUUAAUCGUUCUCAAUUACCAUCUCAUUCAUUGCCUUUUGACUGUCCAUCUGAUGAUGAACAACAUCACAAGCAAAACAUUAGUACUACGACUCGAUCAGGUAAAAUGAAGAAGGAUGCCGUCCUAUCUCACUUUACUCUUCGAUCUGACGGUAAAUACAACUGCAAUACUUGUCAUCAGGUAUAUGUGGCAAACAAUGGAUCAGCAACUAAUCUACGUCGUCAUCUGUUCGCAAAGCAUGAUAUUACAGCUGCUGUUUAUGAUUCACAAUUAGCUCAAAUAAAACCAAAACCUGCUCCAAAAAAUGAUACUACAACAACUCUCUCAAAAACUCGUACAAAAGAACUGGAUAAAGCAAUUGUCGAUUGUAUUAUUGAUGAUUCAUUACCAUUUACUACAUUUAUGAAAUCCGGCAUGGUCAAUUUACUUAAAACAUUCGAUCCUCGAUAUGAACCACCUAGUCGAUUCACCAUUGCUUCCAGAUCUAUAUUGAAACGUGUACCAGCUGUUGCUUUUACUGCAGACAUCUGGAAGAGUGGUGCCAGAAAAUAUUACAUUUCUUUAACUGCUCAUAUGUUUGAUGAAGAAUUUACAGUUGUACCACUCGUGUUAUCUCUACGACAACUUACUGAACGUCAUCUCGCCGUCAAUAUUCAAUCAUUUCUUAUGUUUGAACUUGAUGAAAAAUUUCAAAUUAGGCCUGAACAAUGA